AUGGAGGCUUGGUUUCUGAUUGUACAUGAUCGUUGCGGAGGUGUUUUGUCUGAAAUAAAGAAGGGAAUUGUUGCUUUAAGUCAAAAGAUUGUUGGACCAUGUGCAUUAAUUCAAGGAGCUUUGCCAAGCAUUUUAAGAGAUACACCUUCCGAAUUCUUUGACAACACUAAAAAACUUUUGGCUUCAAAUGCUUCUAUAGUAUAUGAUAAAUUAAGUAGAGUUCCUGGAUUGAGACCAUUGAAGCCACAAGGUGCCAUGUAUAUGAUGGUUGGAUUUGAUCCUUCUCUCUUUGGUGAUGAGACUAAAUUUGUGCGUGGUCUGAUUUCUGAAGCUCUUGAGAAGUUAUUCGGCAGAAAAUGGUUUUUAUUUUUAUAA